AUGAAAUUGAAUUCCAAAACAUACUCAGAAGUCCAGCGAGUCGCGAGACUCCCCCGAUUGCCUCUGCUCAUGCUGGGAGUCAUCUGCGGUGCCAUGGUGCCCACAAUGUACAUGAGGAAAUACCUACUGCCUCGUUUCAGGAAGGAGGAUUUGCAAGAGAUAACUGAGCCGGUCUCAGCCGGCAAUUCCAUCGCAAGACCAGUCAUGAAGCUGUGGCCAAUGUUGAAUGCCCAACAGAAGAAGGACGUCAUGCUGGCUCAGGCUCCUGUGAGACGGAUCGACGCUGAAGACCUUGAUGACGAGGGUAACCUCUUGAUGUUCUCGUCCAUCAUGUAA